AUGUCGAGCGAAUCGCCGUUACCUCAACCAACAGAGAACGUGGUUAUCGACACUGCUUCUCUCCCUGCCUCUUCCUCAGCAUCAAUAUGGGACCGAGUCUCUAAAUGGGUGUCGGAGAAUAAGGCUCUCGUUUACACCAUUGCCGGUGUCGCCGUUGUGGUGACCAGUGCAGAACAAGUGACAAAGAAGACAGAAGAACCUUCUGAAGAGCUUCCUGAAAUUGAUGAGGCAACGGUGGGACAAUUGUCUGAAGAGACGAGGAAUAAUUAUGCUGCGAAGCUGAAAGCCGCCGGCAACAAAGCAUACGGUUCCAAAGAAUACAACAAAGCUAUUGACCUUUACGGAAAAGCCAUCAUUUGCAAACCCGACCCCGUUUUCUACUCAAACCGCGCUGCCUGCUAUAAUAUUUUAUCUGAAUGGGAGAAGGUCGUCGAGGACACGAGUGCCGCUCUAGCAAUGGACAGUGAGUAUGUCAAGGCUCUUAAUAGACGGGCAAUUGCAUAUGAGCACCUUGAAAAAUUCAGCGAAGCCCUUCUCGACUUCACUGCAAGCUGUAUCAUCGAUGGCUUCUCCAACGAGGUCAGUCGUAAUGCCCUUGAAAGGCUUUUGAAGAAGGUCGCGGAAAGGAAGGGCAAAGCUAUUUUGGAGGCAAAGGGCAAGAAACUCCCUAGUACUACAUUUGUGUCCAACUAUCUCCAAAGCUUCCGUCCCCAGCCGCUUCCAGAAGGCCUUGACGAAUCAGCUGAACUUAGUGAGGAGUCUGGCAAAGGGCAGCUGCGUAAGGGCAUGAUUUCAAUGGCCAAAAAGACCGGUGAUGGCUACGAGGAGGCUGCUGCUGCUUUUGAGAAAGCUUUGGAACUCGGUGAACUGGGUGAAUUUGAAGCUUUGGCCCUCAACCUGAGAGCUACCUUCACCUAUCUUGCAGGAAACGCACAAGCCGCCCUUGUUGAUCUUGACAAGAGUGUCGCCCUGCAGCCAUCGUUGGUACAAAGCUACAUUAAGCGUGCUAGCUUGCACCUUGAACUUGGAAACAGGGACUCCGCCGCAGACGACUUUGAACUCGCCAUAUCUCACAACAAGGAUGACCCGGAUAUUUACUAUCAUCGUGCUCAGCUCCAUUUCAUCCUCGCUGAAUUUGCAGAAGCUGCUAAGGACUACCAAAAGUCGAUCGAUCUCGACCGUAACUUCAUCUACUCUCAUAUACAGUUAGGUGUGACUCAGUACAAGAUGGGGUCCGUUGCAUCUGCUAUGGCCACUUUCAGACGGUCUGUGAAGAACUUCGAGGAUGUGCCGGACGUUUAUAACUACUAUGGCGAACUUCUCCUUGACCAGCAGAACUUCUCCGAAGCAAUCGAGAAGUUCGACAAGGCUGUGGAGAUGGAGAAGCAGAGCAAGCCUCUAGGUAUCAAUGUUUUGCCGCUCAUCAACAAGGCCCUUGCCCUAUUCCAGUGGAAGCACGACUUCCAGGAGGCCGAGAACUUGUGCAAGAAGGCUUUGAUCAUUGACCCUGAGUGUGAUAUUGCUGUGGGAACCAUGGCACAGCUCCUCCUGCAGCAGGGUAAAGUCUCUCAAGCCCUCAAGUAUUUCGAGCGGGCGGCAGAACUGGCUCGCACGGAGGCAGAGAUCAUCAAUGCAAUCUCAUAUGCUGAGGCAACCCGAACGCAACUUGAAGUGCAGGAAAAAUACCCCCAGCUUGCUGCGCGCCUGCAAAGCAUGGGUGCCGGUUUUGGUGGACACGCUGGCCUCUAA